AUGAAUAGUUGUGGUAGUAGAAAAGCCUUAACCGUUUUUAGCGUGGUAUUUGAAAAGCAUGAUGAUUGUUUCAAGUUUUCAGAUACUUAUUCAGAGUGUGUUGGUAUCUAUGCAGAUGAAAGAGAAGCAUAUAUAUUUGCCAUCAGACAAAUGCUGAAAGAAUCCGUGAUUGAGGAAGAUGGAGAAGAAUUUUCAAGUACCAUGAAGCACCACUUGAGAUUCGCACUCAAUGACUCUUGCAAUAAUGACAGUUUGAAUAGAGUACAUGUUGAUGCAAUGGAAGAUGAUGGUAAAGAGAAUUUUCCCAACACGGAGGAUACUCAAAAGCAUCUAUGCCUGCUUCUUGAUAAAACUCUCUCCAUUGCAAGGAGCCCAAAUAACGCUUCAUCUCGAACAGCCACAACACCUGUUGCACACAUGAAUGUCUUGAACUCGCUCAUGUACAAGUUAGCCCGUAGUGAGCGCUUGAAUUUCUAUUGCCUCACGAGUGAUGAAUUGAAACAAUUGCAUCAACAUGUACUCGAGAAGCAAACGACUCAAUUAUGUCCUUGUUUUUCAAAAAAGCCUUCGUACAGAAUUUACAAAGUGUUCCGUUCUGUACUUAAUGAACAAGUGGCUCCUUUCAUUCGAAAAUUUGAGCCUUUGAAAUUUUCUCCUAAGAGUUUUCAAAUUCUCUCUGAUAUUCAGGUGAAAUGCACUAACGACAAUGCAUGA